CCACCCACUACCCUUUUUAUUCCCAUCCCUACUAGCUACUCCCUUCCCCGCGCUCCAAGACGCACCAUAAGCCUCUAAAUUGAGAAAUCAGAAGAGAAAAAAUGAUACCGACUUAUUUCAUGUCGACCUUGAUCUUGUUCUCCUUCUUACUAUUUGAAGCUGCCGCUUCGUUUUCAGAUCCGAAAGAUCGAGAUUACUACACGUUGUCGAGGAUGAAGACGGUUCUGCUGGGCCCCGGGGGAUCUGGGCUCGGCGACUGGGACUCUCCGUCGACGCACUGCGGCUUCUCCGGCGUGACCUGCGACGCCGAGUCGCGCGUGGUGGCCCUCAACUUGUCCUUCGUCCCCCUCCGCGGCUCGCUCCCCGCGGACGCCGCCCUCCUCGACCGCCUCGUCGACCUCACCAUCUCCUCCGCCUUCCUCCGCGGCGGGAUCCCCCGCGAGCUCGCCUCCCUCCCCUCCCUCCGCCUCCUCAACGUCUCCAACAACAACCUCACCGGCGACCUCCCCCCCCUCCCCGGCGGCGGCUUCCCCGCCCUCGAGAUCCUCGACGUCUACAACAACAACUUCUCCGGGCCGCUGCCGCCGGACCUCUCCUCCCUCCCCCGCCUCCGCCACCUCCACCUCGGCGGCAACUACUUCACCGGCCCCAUCCCCGACAGCUACGCCGACUUGGCCGCCCUCGAGUACCUCGGCCUCAACGGGAAUUCGCUGUCGGGCCGCGUCCCCCCGGGCCUGAGCAGGCUGUCGAGGCUGCGCGAAUUAUACAUCGGGUACUUCAACACCUACGACGGCGGGAUUCCGCCGCAGUUCGGGAUGCUGACUUCGCUGGUGCGCCUGGACAUGGGAGGCUGCGGGCUGUCGGGCCCGAUCCCCCGCACCCUCGGCAACCUCAAGUUUCUCGACACGCUGUUUCUGCAGAUGAACCGCCUCUCGGGCCCGAUCCCUCCGGAGCUCGGCGCCCUCCCCCGGCUCGAAUCGCUCGACCUCUCGCUCAACGAACUGACCGGGGAGAUCCCGGAAAGCUUCGCCGGCCUGACGGAGCUGAAGCUGCUCAACCUCUUCCACAACCACAUCCGCGGCGGGAUGCCGGCGUUCGUCGCCCAGCUGCCGAACCUCGAGGUGCUGCAGGCGUGGGAGAACAACUUGACCGGGGAGCUGCCGGCGUCGCUGGGCACGAACGGCCGGCUGCUGAAGCUCGACGUGACGAGCAACCACCUGACCGGGCUAAUCCCCCCCGACUUGUGCGCCGGCGGCAGGCUGCAGCUGCUGGUGCUGAUGGACAACGCGUUCUUCGGCCCCAUCCCCGGCAGCCUCGGCGAGUGCCGGUCCCUCGGCCGCGUCCGCCUCAGCAAGAAUUUCCUCAACGGGUCGAUCCCCGCCGGCCUCUUCGCCCUCCCCGACGUCAACAUGCUCGAGCUCAGCGACAACUACCUGUCCGGCGAGAUCCCGCCGGCGAUCUCGGGCGCGAAACUGAGCAUGCUGCUGCUGGCGGAUAAUCUGAUCUCCGGCCGGAUCCCUGCGGCGAUCGGAGACGCCGCGGCGCUGCAGACGCUGUCGCUGGAGUCGAACCGGAUGUCGGGAUCGAUACCGCCGGAGAUCGGGCGGCUCAAGCACCUGUCCAAACUGAACCUCAGCGGCAAUUCCCUCGCCGGCGAUAUCCCGAAGGACCUCGCGGGGUGCUCGUCGCUCGCCGCCAUCGAUUUGAGCCGCAACCGGCUCACCGGAGAGAUACCGGCGGAGAUAACGCAGCUCGGCGUGCUCAGCACGCUCAACCUCUCGAUGAACCGGCUCUCCGGCGAGAUCCCGAAGCAGAUAGCGACGAUGACGAGCCUCACCGUGCUCGACCUCUCCUUCAACAACCUCUCCGGAGCGAUCCCGGCCCAGGGCCAAUUCUUGGUGUUCAACGCGAGCUCGUUCGCGGGGAACCCCGCGCUCUGCGGCGGCGGCGGCGGCGGCGGGACCGUCCCGUGCUCGGCGGCGGCGGCGGCCGGGGGCGGCGGCGGCGGCGGCGGGGAAUUCGGGUCGAUGGCGCAUCGGUGGCGCGCGAGGCGGAUCGUGCUGGGGAUCGGGCUGGUGGCGGGAGCCUGCGUUCUGUCGUGCUUCGCGGGGACGCGCGGAUGGGAGGCGUGGCGGGAGGCGAGGCGGCGGCGAUCGGGGGCGUGGAAGAUGACGGCGUUCCAGCGGCUCGACUUCACGGCGGAGGACGUGAUGGAGUGCCUGAAGGACGACAACGUCAUCGGGAAGGGCGGCGCCGGGAUCGUCUACCGCGGCAGCAUGCCCAGCGGCACCGAAGUCGCGAUCAAGCAUCUGGUGGGGCGCGGCGGUGCCGGCGAGCACGACCGCGGGUUCACCGCCGAGAUCACCACGCUCGGGCGAAUUCGGCACCGGAACAUAGUGAGACUACUAGGGUUCGUGGCGAACCGGGAGGCGAACCUGCUGCUGUACGAGUACAUGCCGAACGGGAGCCUGGGGGAGAUGCUGCACGGGGGGAAGGGGGCGCACCUGGGGUGGGAGGCGCGGUGCCGGAUCGCGGCGGAGGCGGCGCGGGGGCUCUGCUACCUGCACCACGACUGCUCGCCGCUCAUCAUCCACCGCGACGUCAAGUCCAACAACAUCCUCCUCGACUCCAACUUCGAGGCGCACGUUGCCGACUUCGGCCUCGCCAAGUUCCUCCGCGACUCCGCCGCCUCCGAGUGCAUGUCCGCCAUCGCCGGCUCCUACGGUUACAUCGCUCCGGAAUACGCUUACACCCUUCGGGUGGACGAAAAGAGCGAUGUGUACAGCUUCGGGGUGGUGCUCCUGGAGCUGCUCACGGGCCGCCGGCCCGUGGGCGGGUUCGGGGACGGCAUCGACAUCGUCCUCUGGGUCCGAAAAACUACCGCCGAGAUGACCGACAGUGCUUCGUCUGACACAGCAGCUGCGGCGCUCUCCGUGGUGGACCGCCGCCUCUCGCCGAGCCCACCGGACCUGAUCACCAACCUCUUCAAGGUGGCCAUGCUGUGUGUCGAGGAGAAGAGCACGGCCCGGCCGACCAUGCGCGAGGUCGUCCACAUGCUUUCCAACCCCGCAACGCUGCUGCCGCUGCCGCUGCCGCUGCUGCAGAACGAUCUCCUCACUUUGUGAGGGAGAAAAUUAAACAACAUUUUCUUGGUGAUUAUUAUUACUAUAAUAAGAUCGAGGCAGUGGUGUAAGGUGUAUCAAGGAUUUGGUGCAUUUUGGUGUUUGAUUAGGGUGUAUAUAAUUAAAUUAAUCGGCCUAUUUUGCGACGUUGUUAGCAGCAAUGCUGCUUAAUUACUUGAUAUAUUAUUUGACUUUGGAGGCCGAGCUUGUAAUGGAAUGUAUGAUGAAUUUAUUUUGGAGCGCCGAAAAUGAGUUGAAAAAUUCUGAGCCGAACACGAGCCGGCACGAAAUGCUUUUGAGCUGAGCUCGAGUUAAAUCUUGGCUCGCCCGCGUUCGGCUUGUUUACACCUGUCAAGCGGGUCGGAUUGUACAUCAUCUAUAUACCUAGUAAUAUUGGCCUGUAAGGCAAAUUAUGUGAUU